GCUGCGCACCGCCGGCCGGCUGACCCAGCAGCCUGCGCCCGCGCCCUUGUCCGCGCGACCCGGCGGCGGGCUCCAGUCGGCGGUCAACAUGAGCGGCGGCGGCGACGUGGUGUGCACCGGCUGGCUGAGGAAAUCGCCCCCGGAGAAGAAGUUGAGGCGCUAUGCCUGGAAGAAACGCUGGUUUAUCCUGCGGAGUGGCCGGAUGAGCGGCGAUCCAGAUGUUCUGGAAUACUACAAGAAUGAUCACUCCAAGAAACCCCUGCGCAUCAUCAACCUGAAUUUCUGUGAGCAGGUGGAUGCAGGCCUCACCUUCAACAAGAAGGAGUUGCAGGAUAGUUUUGUGUUUGAUAUCAAGACCAGCGAGCGCACCUUUUACCUGGUGGCUGAAACAGAGGAGGACAUGAAUAAAUGGGUCCAGAGCAUCUGUCAGAUCUGUGGCUUCAAUCAGGCUGAAGAGAGCACAGACUCCCUGAGAAACAUUUCCUCAGCCAGUCAGGGGCCCCGCUCUUCUCCAGCUGAGCUCAGCAGCUCCAGUCAUCACCUGCUGCGAGAACGAAAAUCCUCAGCCCCAUCACACUCCAGCCAGCCAACUUUGUUCACAUUCGAACCUUCUGUGUCAAACCAUGUGCAGCCCACCUUGUCCACCAGUGCACCUCAGGAGUAUCUCUACUUGCACCAGUGCAUAAGUCGGAGAACGGAAAAUGCAAGGAGUGCCAGCUUCUCUCAGGGCACCAGGCAAAAGAGCGACACAGCCGUACAAAAACUGGCCCAGGGCAACGGACACUGUGUCAAUGGGGUCAGUGGUCAAGUCCAUGGCUUCUAUAGCCUUCCCAAGCCAAGCCGGCACAAUACAGAAUUUAGAGACAGUACCUAUGACCUUCCCCGGAGCCUGGCCUCCCAUGGCCACACCAAGGGCAGCCUCACAGGGUCUGAGACAGAUAAUGAAGAUGUGUACACCUUCAAGAUGCCCAGCAACACCCUGUGCCGGGAGUUUGGGGAUCUCCUGGUGGACAAUAUGGACGUUCCAACUACUCCACUCUCGGCCUACCAGAUCCCUAGGACAUUCACAUUGGACAAGAACCACAAUGCCAUGGCAGUGGCCGCUCCUGGAGACUCAGCCAUAGCUCCCCCACCCCGGCCCCCCAAGCCAAGUCAGGCAGAAACACCUCGAUGGGGCAGCCCUCAGCAGAGGCCUCCAAUCAGUGAAAGUAGCAGAUCUGUCGCUGCCACCAUCCCCAGGCGCAAUACCCUCCCUGCAAUGGACAACAGCCGACUCCAUCGAGCUUCCUCCUGUGAGACCUACGAGUACCCCCCACGUGGUGGAGAGAAUGCAGGCCGGUCUGCUGAGUCCAUGAGUGAGGGAGUCAGUCCUUUCCUGCCAGGAAAAACACUCGUGGGUCGGUCGGAUAGUGCCAGUUCAGAAGAUAACUAUGUGCCCAUGAACCCAGGUUCUUCUACCCUGCUGGCCAUGGAGCGGGCAGGUGAUAAUUCCCAAAGUGUCUACAUCCCCAUGAGCCCAGGGCCCCAUCCAUUUGACCCCCUUGGCUACCCAUCCACAGCCCUCCCUAUGCACAGAGGCCCCAGCCGAGGAAGUGAGAUUCAGCCCCCUCCUGUCAACCGUAACCUCAAGCCUGACCGGAAAGCAAAACCAACACCACUUGACCUGAGAAACAAUGCUGUCAUUGAUGAGCUCCCCUUCAAGUCUCCUGUCACCAAGUCUUGGUCCAGGGCCAACCAUACCUUCAACUCUAGCUCCUCCCAGUACUGCCGUCCCAUCUCCACCCAGAGCAUCACCAGCACAGACUCAGGAGACAGUGAAGAGAACUACGUCCCUAUGCAAAACCCAGUGUCUGCAUCUCCAGUUCCCAGUGGCACCAACAGUCCAGCCCCGAAGAAGAGUACUGGCAGCGUCGAUUACCUGGCCCUGGACUUCCAGCCGGGCUCCCCAAGCCCCCACCGCAAGCCAUCCACGUCAUCUGUUACAUCAGACGAGAAGGUGGACUAUGUCCAGGUGGAUAAGGAAAAGACCCAAGCUCUGCAGAACACCAUGCAGGAGUGGACAGAUGUGCGGCAGUCCUCGGAGCCUUCCAAGGGCGCCAAGCUGUGAUGUGGGGUCCACCAAGCCCAGAGAGGGCCCGGGAGGCAGACGCCCAGAGCUGGCUCCUCCCGUCUCCCUCCUCUCCCAGCUCCCUCCCUGCCCCUCCACUCUGCCACUCUUGGCCUUCAAAACACUUGACAUCAGGGACCCUGACCCUUCCCCUGGGAGGUGAGGCCCUGAUGGGGGCACUUUCUCUGCCCACUUGGGGUCCACCUGUGACUUUUAUCAAUACUGGCUGUGCCUCCACCCACCUUAGUUAGGAGCUGUUGCCAAAAAAACUUCUUUCUGGCCUGGAGACCUGUCUACUGAAUGCUUGGAGGGAGGGCUGGGACUCUGAGCCAGACUUAACACCUCCUGUCAGUCACAGCCCUCCACCCCCUUUCAUUGUCCUCUGGGCUACCUCUCUUCAGUCCCAGAAGAGGACAACCCAGGGAGCCAAGGACCAGCAGACCAAAGUGGACGUGGACUUUCUUAUUCCUGUUUUUCUCAACUGGCGAGAGGCAAGGCUGCCAAAAGAUUAAAUUAGUUGAGACAAAGGUCAGAGGUAAUCUUGAGGACAAAGGAACUGGAUCCCCAGAAAUAAGGGCAGUUGAUACCUACCAGGGUCCCCAGUUUCAAGCCAAAGCCACAUAGACCUACUGCUUGAGAAUGGGGGACACAGAAGGCUAAGAGACAAAAGGAAGGGGAAACUGGUAAUGAUGGACAACCAGGAACACCAAGAACAGGGCUUAGCAUGGCAAGGACACGGGACAGUCAGGGCCCUGGAACUCUGGUGUUGCAGGGCCACUCUGGGACAGAGAGCAGUCCUUCCUGAGCACUCUGCAGGAGAAGGCCUGGGCUGAGCAGGGCAACCAGCAUGGUGAGGGGGUAAGGGAGGGGAUGCAGUGGAGGUGAUGCAGGGUUUGAGGGGAACCCUGGGGCAAGGAUGUACCAGGCAUGGGGCAGUGCAGGGACACUGCAGAGGGGAUGGUGCAGCAAGUGAGUUUCUGGGAACUGGGAGGGCGCAGAGGUAACCUGAUGAAGGGAGGCAGGUGUAGGCCAUGCAGCAAGUGAGGAAACGCAUCCCCAGGGCCCGGUGAAGAGCCCAGGGCAGCAAGUGGGGGUUCAGGAUGGACUAGAAAGUGAAGAAGUGAUCCCUUGAACAAGGGCAUUCCUAGGACCAAGGAUGGUGGGUUAAGUAGGGAAGAAUCUAAAUUUCUUAUGUUGAAAGUUACUGACCAAAUUUUCAWGUUUUAGAGGCAACAGGACAGACCAGACACUUCAUUUUGCCCCAGGGUAAACAGACCUUACUCCUCCAAAAGUAUGACUUCCCACCAUGCUUGAUGCAGGUGGAACCACUCACCCCUUAGCUCCUAAGAGCACACACACCUCAUCAGACCAAUGGCCUGGCCCUUCUCUAGGAAGUCCCAACCUGGGAGCUGUCUUUUCCUCAACAGUAGCUGUUCUCCUGGUGUUAGUUGAAGGCAACUCAAGGAUAAUUUGGGUCCCUGAACUUGAGAAGGUCACAAUCAAUGAGAAAGGACAAGGACACAAGACAGAUGCAAAUACUCAUGAAGUGCUAAGGAAAUGAACACCACUUCUCAAGGGGCCAAGGCCAGAGUGGGGAGCGGAUGCAGCCAUGGAAGGUGACUCUAGGAAGAUGAGUCUGAGGAGUUUAAGAGGAAAAAAUGAAGGGAGCAGGAAGGAGAGAUUUGGAAAAACUUACGCUUUGAGAGCAAAAGAACUUGGAGGGCGAGUACAGACCUCAGAAGUGCAGAGGCCAUGUCUCAACGUCCCAUGGUGGCUGUAGCUACACCAGGCAGGGUUUGCAGGGUGCUGGUUCACUCUGCACACUGACUGUCCCUUUAAGGCUCUCUACAGGGGUCCCAUAUGGCUGGGGUUUUAACUGGUGGCCCCCACCACUGAUCCCAGGGUGCCAUAAAAUUAUUAAUUAUGUUCUGAAUGUGCCGUGAUAUGGGCGGAACUUGUUGGAGUCUUCAGAGACUUCAGUGUUCGGGGCUAGUUAGUCUUACAGAGGGCUUCCAGCUUCUCUGUUCCUGUGACCACCCAAGCCCUCAGGGUGGAAGGACGGAUAAAGAAGAAAGGACUAGAGGAGAUGAGCCUGUGGAGAGCAGAGCUCUGUCUCACAAGCCCCAAACAACCAGCCACAUCUAACACAUACCCAUUUCGCACCCCCCAAAAGAGGAAGUCAACUCAGUUUAAGAAAACUGGUCCUUUGGCCUACCCAGGGUCAAAGUUCACCUCCUGGUGAGACCCCAGAAUGGGGAUACCUCUCCUCUAACAGCUAGGGCUCUCCAAAGGAGCUUUCUUCACCCACUUCCAGCUUCAUAACUACAAGGUUAAAGAAAAGUUGAGUGGGAACAAAGAGGGAGGUGGUAGCUCCUUGGGACCAUCUGUGAGAAGGGCUGAUUGGUCAGAUGGUCCCGAAGCAGCUGGGCUGUGGAAGAGGCUUUGAGGGGCGCGCUCUGCUCAGCAGCCUCUCUCUCAAGGGCCUGGGUCGGCACCCAGAGCAUUAGCCAGCUCACUCAGUCCCCUCCCUAGCUUGAUUUUGGUGACUUCUACAUUUCAAAUCAUUAAAAUAAGCCCCAUUCUUAGAACAGAAGCACAACCAUUCUCAAGUUUUCAGGCUCAGUUCUGUUCUGCCUUUGUCCCCUUUACCUGCCACCAAGCUCUGGCCUCAGCCCCAAACUGUGUCCCCUCCCCCCACCCCUUUGACAGGGCUCUGGAGGAAUGCGGGACUUUGGAAGGCAGCUCUUCCUUCCCUUCUCAAAAGUGCUGGGGACUGAGGCGUCCUCAUGGGCCAUCUUCUGGGGACUUGCUAAGUUCUUUGGGGCCUGGGACCAGCAAACUACCUGUAGAAGGGACUGUAGAGGGUCAUGCUGUCGUAUGAUAUCUGGUGAUGUGUGUUCUUGUGUAAUUUGUUGGCUACUUGUGUCUUGAAACUUAGAAUCAUUUCGCACAGAAUUGUCACUAUUUGUUAGGAAGAAAAACUGGGCCCGAGGCAGCCCAGUCUUCUUGUCUUGUUACCAUUUAAAAUUGACAUUUAAUUUUCAAAUCACUGUUGGUGCCUAAUCACUUAAGUUAUUAAUUUAUUCUGUUUUUUUAAAAAAUUUGUAACACGUAUUUAUCUUGUGAGCAGGUCUGGGGGUGGGGUGGGAAACAUGUUCAAUUGGGCUGUGUUUUUGCUGUGGUGACACAUGGUACAGGCCUGGAGCUUGCAGGUCCCUUUUUACUGUGGUA